AUGGCAGAAGCAUCAGUACCUCAAGAUGUGCCCAAAGAUGCCGUAACUGCAACCCUCGAUCUCCUCAAGCCACAAGAGGCAGAGUCGAAAACACUAAAAAUCGAAAACACCGAUAAGCGAGACACGCUGAUCGAGGCUGAGAAGCGCUACCAGCAAGCAUGGCAAGAGCAGGGAGUUUUCAAUCCGGACGCGCCGUCUCUCGAUGAAGAACCGUUUGACACCACCACACCCGACCAGCUGCACGAAAAGUAUCCAAAAUGGUUCGGAAACUUCGCCUACCCAUACAUGAACGGAACGCUCCACGCUGGCCACGGGUUCACUGCAUCAAAAGUAGAAUUCACCGCCGGAUUCCAGAGGAUGGUUGGCAAGCGGACCCUCUUCCCUCUUGGCUACCACGUGACAGGCAUGCCCAUCAAAGCAUGUGCAGACAAACUAGUCCGUGAAGUGGAGCAGUUUGGACAGAACUUCGAGCGAUGCCCAGUGGAGGAUGUCAUUGAAGACAGCGUAUCAGAGCCGCCCGCACCCACUCAGGCUGAGACCAAGACCGACAUUACCAAGUUCAAGGCGCAAAAGGGCAAGGCUGCGGCAAAGACUGUGAAGACCAAGUACCAGUUCCAGAUCAUGCUGGCGCAGGGCAUCCCUCUUGAGGAGAUUCACAAGUUCGCAGACCCGUUCCACUGGAUUGAGUACUUCCCACCUCUAGCGAAGCGCGACCUGAACAACUUCGGUGCAAGGAUAGACUGGCGAAGGCAGUUCGUCACUACAGAUGCAAACCCAUACUACGACUCAUUCGUGGCAUGGCAGAUGCGGAAGCUGCUCGACUUGAAGAAGAUCAUUUUCGCGAAGCGCUACACCGUAUACAGCCCCAAGGACGGACAGGCAUGUAUGGACCACGACAGGCAGUCUGGAGAAGGUGUCGGUGUCCAAGAGUACACAGGUCUGAAGAUGAAGGUCGUGAAAUGGGCAGACUCGGCCAAGGAGAUCGAGAGCAAGCUUCCUCAAGGCGCAAGCGCAUACUUCAUUCCAGCCACCCUACGACCAGAGACCAUGUAUGGCCAGACAUCAUGCUUCGUCAGCCCCACGAUCGAGUAUGGAUUGUUCAAGGUCACCGAUACCGAGUUUUUUGUCUGCAGUCAACGAUCUGCGCGCAACAUGUCCUACCAGCCCGGCAUCUUCCCCAAAUGGGGCGAGUUCCCACAAGUAGCCAGCUUCAAGGGCAAGGACGUCAUUGGCACUAUCGUUGACGCGCCUCUUUCAGUUCACAAGGAGGUUUACAUUCUCCCUAUGGAGACGGUCAAGGACACGAAGGGUACCGCCGUAGUCACCUGUGUGCCAUCAGACUCGCCUGACGACUACAUUACCUCAUUCGACCUCGCCAAGAAGGCAGAUUACUAUGGCAUCCAGAAGGAGUGGGUCAAAUUUGACGAUAUUCUCCCCAUCAUCGACACCCCAACGUACGGCAACCUCACCGCAAAGAAGCUGGUCGAAGACAUGAAGAUUCAGUCGCCCAAAGAUGCAGCCAAGCUUGCAGACGCGAAGGAGAAGGCUUACAAGGAAGGCUUCUACAAGGGAAAGAUGGUUUAUGGCGACUUCAAGGGCAAGCCUGUGGAGGAAGCCAAGAGCCUGGUCCGCAAACAGCUCAUCGAUGCUGGUCACGCUUUCGCAUACGCCGAGCCAGAUGGUAAAGUUAUGAGCCGAAGUGGCGACGACUGUGUUGCCGCUCUACUCGACCAAUGGUACAUGAACUACGGCACAGCAGCGAACGGUGGAGACGGCGAGUGGGCUGAGAAGGUGCGAUCGCACAUUGAGGGUGACCUCAACCUUUACUACCCCGAAGCCAAGAACCAAUUCUUGCGAGUUGUCGACUGGCUGAGCAUCUGGGCUUGCGCAAGGUCUUACGGUCUUGGUACAAAGGUGCCAUGGGAUCCAUCUGUCAUGGUCGAGAGUCUGUCGGAUUCUACCAUCUACCAGGCCUACUACUCUUUUGCACAUCUCCUACAUAAGGACAUGUUCGGCAAAGAAGUUGGACCUCUCGGUAUCAAGCCUGAGCAGUUCACAGACGAUGCCUGGGACUACGUCUUUGGCCGACGAGACCGCUCCGAUCUGCCUCAGUCUGACAUCCCCAAGAAGUCUCUUGAGACAUUGAGGCGGCACUUCGACUACUGGUACCCGCUUGACAUGCGUACCAGUGGCAAGGACUUGAUCCAGAACCAUUUGACCUUCAACCUUUACGUGCACACUGCGAUCUUCCCCAAGGAGAACUGGCCAAGGAGCUUCCGUGUCAACGGACAUCUCAUGCUCAACGGCGAGAAGAUGAGCAAGUCUACAGGCAACUUCCUUACCAUUGCUGGUGCUGUCGAGAAGUUCGGCGCUGAUGCCACUCGCAUUGCGCUUGCUGAUGCCGGAGACGAUAUCGGUGACGCCAACUUCGAAGAGACUGUCGCGAACAGCAACAUCCUCAAGCUCUUUGAGCUGCGCAAGUGGUGUGAAGAGCUGGUUCGCGAGGCCAUCUACGUUGCAGACACCAAAGAGUACCUUGAGAAGAGGUCUACUGAACGCGUAAAGAACUCAGACGUCAUACAGCGGAAGGCCGGAAGCAGCUACUUCCUCUUUGAUGACAUGUUCGAGAACGAGAUGAACUUGCUGGUACACGAGACGUUCCAACACUACUCUGCGACAUCAUACAAGCUGGCACUCAAGUCCGGUUUCUACGACUUCACAUCGGCGCGUGACUUCUAUCGCGAGGCAACACGUGCUGCUGGUAUUGGCAUGCACGAGGACUUGGUCAAGAAAUUCAUCAAGAUUCAGGCGCUUAUGCUGACUCCCAUCGCACCUCAUUGGGCAGAAUACAUUUGGCUUGAAGUUCUCAAGGAGACAUCUACCAUCCAGAAUGCGCAAUGGCCCAAGGUCCCCGAGGCCAACCCUUCCCUCACCGCAGCUCGCGAGUUCGUCCGCCAAACACAAUCAAACAUCACAUCGGCCGAAGGUGCGGCGGUCAAGAGGCUGUCGAAGGGAAAAGCAGCAAACUUUGACCCCAAGAAGGAGAAGAAGAUUACCAUAUUUGCUGCGCAGGAGUGGCCCGCAUGGCAGAAGAAGUACAUUGACCUCGUCUCAUCCUCAUAUCCCAACCUCGACAUUAAGUCUCUGUCAAAAUCUAUCGACAAGUCCGAAUCAAAGAAAGCAAUGCCCUUCAUUAACGGUCUGAAGCGUCGUCUUGAUAAUGGCGAAUCCAAGGAGACUGUCCUCAACCGUGAGCUCGCUUUCGAUGAACUCAGCACCCUCCGAUCCAUGAUCCCCGGACUGAAGCAGACCAUUCAGAAGUGUGUCGAGGUAGAGAUUGUCACGGUCAAGGAGGGCGGCAAGGAAGGUACGAUUAUCAAGGAAGACGGUAGUGAGGGUGAGGUCAGGUCCGAGCUGCCGCCAGCCGCGAUGAGUGCAGAACCAGGAAGCCCAAGCUUUGCGUUUGAGAACGUCGAGGGUUUGGCUGUGCGGUAAACGAUAUGAUUACCACGCGUUGACGACUUCUUGAACCAUGUGUCAUGAGCAUGAGCAUGAGCUGCAUAGUAAUUAAAACGAUUCACGAUUUGC